CGCUUUGGCGAUGUUUCCAAGGCUAGCUGCGGUGUUUUCGAUACUCCUGCCUUUCGUGCUUGGCGCAUCGCCCAUCGACCGCCGUGCCAUCGUCUCGCGAUACAACCCGACGCGCAAUGCUUCAAGCCCAAUCACACCCAUGCAGAUUGGCAACGGUCACUUUGCCUUCGGCGCGGAUGUGACCGGCCUCCAGACCUUCCUUCCCUUUGCCAUCAUGUCGGACUGGGGCUGGAAGAACGACAGUCUUCCGCCCGGCAAGACGUGGGCUGACAUCUACAAUUACCGCGGAGUGGAAUGGGACUUCCACGGUCGGCUCGUGCAAUACGAGUUUGGCGGCGACCCCUCGGUCGAGGAGUGGCUCGAAUCGAACCCAAACCGAGUGAACCUCGGUCGUGUCGGUCUGCUCUUCCUCGAUGGCAAUGGGGAAGCCCUGAACGUGACAGAAAGCGACCUCGAGAGCAUCGAGCAAGAGCUCAAUCUUUGGACGGGUACCAUGACAAGCCGCUUCUUCUUCGAUGAUCAACAUGUGACCGUGACUACCGUCUCCGCACAAACUAGCAGCACCGUCGGGAUCGAUAUCGACUCUUCGUUGUUGCAAGCCAGAAAGCUCGGCGUGUACCUAGACUUCCCCUGGAACGAUGGCUCAUCCGAUUUUUCGGCCCCAUUCGUCGGCGUCUUCAACAUGACUAGUAACCAUACAACUACGCUUCAGGUGGGUGGCAAGCUCCCUGGUGGUGCCCAGGCGCAAGUUAGCCACACACUCGUAAACUCGACUUUCAUCACCUCUGUUGGCGGCGAUCAAUUCACUAUCUCUCGCGAUACUCCUGCCGCGCAUCGAUACUCCAUCUAUCCUGCCAAUGCUUCGAACUCCUUUUCCCUAUCUGUAUCCUAUUCGUUGCCUAACGACACGCCGGAGACCGUCGCCCCGUACCAGUCUGUGGCCGAAGAGUCAGUCCAAACUUGGGAACAAUUCUGGUCGGACAGUGGAUUCGUCGACGUCUACACGGGCUCUUCCGACUCAAGGGCAGACGAGUUGCAAAGACGUAUCAUUUUGUCUCGUUACCUCAUGCGAGUCAACGAAGCUGGUGACACUUCUCCGCAAGAAUCAGGUCUAGUCAACGACGGAUGGUUUGGGAAAUUCCACAUGGAGAUGGUUUUCUGGCACCUCGGGCAUUGGGCGCUGUGGAACAACUGGGAUCUCCUCAACCGGACCAUGGGGAUGUACCAUCGAUUCCUGGAGACGUCCAUUCAACGGGCGCAGGUGCAGCAGGGCUUCAGCAUGGGUGCGCGAUGGUCGAAGAUGACCGACCCCUCCGGCCGAUCUGCACCCGGCGACAUCAACGAGCUGCUUAUCUGGCAACAGCCUCACCCGCUCGUGUUCGCCGAAUACCAGUACCGGGCGACCAAGUCCCAGGCGACGCUCGAGAACUGGCAGAACGUCAUCAGAGAGACUGCGAACUGGAUGACUGCGUUCGCAUGGUUGAACGAGAGCACGGGUCGGUAUGAUCUUGGUCCGCCGAUGUACGUCGUUGCAGAAGAUACCAGUCCCAACGUGACCCGCAACCCAGCGUUCGAACUUGCAUACUGGAAGUAUGGUCUGGGUCUCGCGGAGACGUGGAUGCAACGACUAGGACUUGUGGCACCCAGUGCCUGGAAUGAUGUCAAGGAGAACCUUGCUCCUCUUCCGAUUGAAGAUGGCUUAUAUGCCGUAUACGAAGGAAUCGAAUCCAACUUCUGGACAGAUCCGACGUACAUCAACGAUCACCCCGCCCUCGUCGGUCUGCACGGCUGGCUACCGCCCAUCGAUGGCGUCAACCUCACGAUUGCGAAGUUGACCGCAGACAAGGUGUACACUACCUGGAACGUCAGCAACUGUUGGGGGUGGGACUUCCCUAUGCUCGCCAUGUCGGCUGCGCGCAACGGAGAGACGGAACAGGCAAUAGAGUGGCUGCUCAACCCGCUGUAUCAAUUCGACGACGUCGGCAUGCCUGUCGGAGGCGUGCGAGUGCCCACGCCGUAUUUCCCUGGCUCUGGCAGCCUGCUGUACGCCAUAGCAAUGAUGGCCGAAGGGUGGGAUGGCAGCACGACACAGGCACCUGGGUUCCCUGGAACGGGGUGGAAUGUAAGGACGGAGGCGAUGAGCAAAGCGUUGUGAUCCCCGCGGGUCUGAAGAAACGAUUCUCGGUUGAGCUUGUUUCAAACCUUCCAUUCGAUGAUAAUAAUCUGCCAAGAUAUCGAGAUUUUCGGAAGCAAAUA